CUCAGAACAAGCUGGACAUUUUGAAUCACCUUCAUAACGAUUGCUUCGAAAGCUUUGGAGAAUAUCUGGCAAAAAGAUUUUGGGGCAGCUUCAAGUCUAUGCUGCAAGGAUCAGGCGGCUGCUUUCCUACAAGCCUAUCGCUGGGGCAAUUCAGUUGCUCGCCACUUAUCGAAUCCUCUAGUCCCUAAGUUCUACAUUACUUCAGGGCGAGAGUCCGGAAUUCCUGCUACCGUAUGUAAGCACAAGUCCUUUGAGCAGGCCCACAUUUGUCUGCGCAAGUAUAAUGGAUCUUACCAUACUUCAUUGAGGACCGUUUACCAGCAGGCAUGAUGGCAGGGCAGGAAUUUGGGAUACCUUUGAAACUCGCUGACUUGGAGGAUGGGGAUGGGCCGUUCGCUCUGAAGGAGCUUGAUGAGAGAGCUAUCUCUGCACCCCACGAACUUGCAAAGACAAUCUCCCAAGAGCUUGGUUUCAAGGAGGUGGUGGACAUUGAGCAAGAAGAGAUCUUUGCCCCAGUCUACUCCCUUGUGAGACACUUUACAAAACUGCCGGCGACUGCCAAGGUCCUGUUGGUGGACACUCUGUGCACAAACCUCCUUCUUCUCAACCCGUCCAUUCACUCCCUGGUCACGUCCACCAAAGACAGCACAGAAGACGGGGGCGCCGAGGGCUACGCCUCGCUGCUCCAGUCCCACAGGAACGCCCUCAAGAUCUACGUGCUGUUUCUUCAUGAAAUCUGCGCCGCCGAGGAGAAGGAAGCGCCGGCGGCCGCGGCUGAGAAGGCGGCCACAGCGCCUCCAGGAGGAAGACGGAGAGCCCCCAGCAAGAAGAAUGCGGCCAGCAAUUGGGACUGGGACUUCCAGCGGCCCCGUGUGAUCCGGCCCCUGGCGGGGGCGCUCGAGGCGGACCUGAAGGAGCUGUACCGCAUGGAUCAACCAGAGGAGGCCCUGUUGCAGCUCUUCACAAGGACCGCCUUUCUGAUGCUCGAGAACCCGGCUGUCCCGCGCGACCGCGACGCCGACUUCAAGUCCGACGUGUACAAGAUCCUCGCGCUCUGCUGCGCCAAGUACGACCACACGCUCCCCGUCACCACGACGCUCAUCCACUCCCUCCUCAAGUACGAGCACUCCCCCGGCCCGCUCGCCGAAGUCGCCACUCUAGUUGCGACCAAGUACGAUGACCCCCGGCUCGCAGCGGCGGUGCUCCGCGAAAUCGGCCAGAUGGACCCCCGCGAGCUGUUGCGCGACGUGGGCGGCGCGAAGAACGUCAGCGCGUUUCUAGUGGAGCUGGCGGAGCGGCUGCCGAAGAUCGUGGCGCGGAACUUCAGUCUCGUGAUGGUGCAUAUGAACGGGGAGCAGUACCAUAUGCGGAGCGCGCUGGUGAUGGUUCUCGGGCGGAUCGUUGCGAAGGCGUUCGACGAGAAGGAGGAGAACACGGCUGCGGAGCAGGCACGGCUCAAGUCCAAGCAGGCGUUGCUCGACGUUCUUCUGGAACGGGUGCGCGACGUCAACUCCUUCACGCGCACCCGCGUUCUGCAAGCGUGGUCGUACCUGUGCGAAGAGAACCAGGUGCACCUCGGGCUGUUCAACCGCGUGACCGAGAUUGCGACCGGACGGCUCGAGGACAAAGCGUCCAACGUCCGAAAGGCGGCGCUUCAGCUGCUGUCGACGCUGAUCGUGUGCAACCCGUUUGCGUCGGACUUGCGGGUCGCGCCGUACGAAUCCACCCUCCGGACGUUCCAAGAAAAGUUGGACAAGGCCGAAGAGGACAACCGUCCGAGCGACGAGGAGCUGCUGGCCGCCGCGUUUGGUCCAGGCAGCGGCGGAAUCCGGGCCGGAGAGCAAGCGGAACGGAACCCGGAUACGGAAAACGGAACUGGGGAAGCGUCGGCCGACGAAGACGCGGUUGAAGACGGAACGAGAACGGAUGCUCCUGCGGAACCAGACCUUGAGCCGGACCAGGAACCCAGUUCUCAGUCAACGCAGCCUGAGCCUGAAUCCAACUCGCAAUCCACGCAACCAGAGGCGGCAGGGUCUGAGCAGAAUGCCGCGUCCCUAACCCGGCUUCGGGCAAUGGUGGCCAGUCUGGACGCUGCUGUCAAGUUUACGAAGCAGUUAGCGAAAACCAUGCCGGUUUUCGACAAGCUGCUGGCGUCGGCAUCGGUCACUGACGUCACAGAGACGAUCCAGUUUCUGGAGCUGGCCAAGAGCCGUAAGUGCGAGGACGUGGACGACCGGUUGCGGCUCAUGCUGCCCCUGAUUUUCUGCCGGGAGGCCAGCGUGAGGGAGGCCGUCUCCGCCGCAUGCGAGAAGCUGUACGUCAAAGUCUCGGAAGAAGGCACCGGGCAGCGCGGCCUGGCGGACCCCAAGCUGGCGGCCAAGAACCUGGUGGGCCUCACCAUGGGCGCGUCCCUCGGAACGCUCGCGUCGCUCGAGGCGAUCGUGGUGGACUUCAUGCACCGGGAGCUGAUCACACACGGCAUGGUGCGCGCGCUUUGGGACAUUUUCGAGGGUCGCGGCGAGGCCAUCACCCCCGCGCACAGCCGCGGCGCGCUCGCCGUCCUUACCAUGGCCGCCAAGGGCAACCCUGACGUCAUCACCUCUAAGCUCGACUCGCUCCUGCGGCACGGCCUCGGGCCGCGCGCCCAAAAGGACCCUCUCAUGGCGCGCUACACGUGUGUCGCACUUCAAAGGAUCGCCCUCGGUGGCGAGCGCGAGAAACUAGAGUCGCGAGAUGCGGUCUUCGGCGCGCUGACGUGGCUGGUCAAAAGCGCCCCCCUGCCGGACGAAAGCUGGUACUCGGCGGCAGAGCAGGCGGUCGGAGCGAUUUACGCUCUGCACCCGACGCCGGAGGUCGUGUGCGCAAGGCUGGUGAGAGAGAUGGCGGGGGGGGCGUUUGGGCGGAGAAAGGACACCCCCGGAGAAAGCGGGGAUGGUAUUGGCGAGCGAGAGCAAGGGGAGAAUGUUGGCGAAGGUGGGGAGAAAGAGGCGGGGAUUGUUUCAGAGGGCGAAGGGGAGACUGUGAGUGGAGACGCCGAGAGAAGGCCAGAGGAAGUGAGCGCACAGACUGGAGAGGAGCAACGAACCGGGGAAGAUGCGGACGGUCCGGCAGACGCGGUCGAAGGAGCGUCCGAAAGCGCUGACGUCACUGGGGCAGAGCAAGCGGCUUUGCCGGAGGUGGCAGGAGAAGCAGACGAACCGGACUACGGUGUGAAUGCCCCCGCUGGAGGGGCUGCAGCAGCCAAACCCACAGCCAAUGGAGCCAAUUCACAUCCGGCGGACGAUGUGUUCGGGUGCUCGGUGGGUGCGCUGAGCAGGUUCCUGUUUGUGGUGGGACACGUGGCGCUCAAGCACCUGGUGUACGUGGAGAGCUGCGCGAGGGACGUGCGGAGACUGCGCGUGGAUAAAGACAAGGAGGCGGCGCAGGCGGCAGCGGACCGAAGGGACGCGGAGCUGGCGGGGGUGGAGGUGACGCAGCAGACGCAGGAGAGCGCGGAAGAGACGGACAAAAUCAACGAGGAGCUGGGCGUCGGUUCCGCUUCCGCAGACGCACACUUGGACUCGCUCUCCGAAGCGGCGGAGCGCGAGAUCCUGUCGCCGCAGAACCUGGUGGGACACGUGGCGCCCGUCGUGGCCCGCAUAUGCCGCUCGUCGGCGCUCCUGCAGGAGCACCCGCUGCUGCGCUCGUCCGCGCUGCUCGCGCUCUGCAAGCUCAUGGCCGUCGACGCACACUUCUGCGAGGCCAAUCUGCAGCUGCUCUUCACGCUGGUCCGCAACGCCCCCGAAGAAGCCGUCCGCUGCAACUGCGUCGUCGCUCUGGGCGACCUGGCGUUCCGGUUCCCCAACCUAGUUGAGCCGUGGACGGAACAUGUGUACGCGCGCCUGCGCGACGAGUCGGUGCUCGUGCGGAAGAACACGGUCAUGGUGCUCACGCAUCUCAUCUUGAACGACAUGAUGAAGGUGAAGGGCCACAUCAGCUCGAUGGCCAUGUGCUUGGAGGACGAGGACGAGCGCAUCCGGGACCUCACCAAGCUCUUCUUCCAUGAGCUCUCCAAAAAGGGCAACAACCCGAUCUACAACCUGCUUCCCGACAUGCUGAGCCGGCUGUCGGCCGAUGCGAACGUUCCUCCUGAGAGCUUCCGCGCGAUCCUGGAGUACAUGCUGGGCUUCAUCGAGAAGGACAAGCAGACGGAGGGCCUCAUCGAGAAGCUCUGCAACCGCUUCCCCCAAACAACGGAGGUGAAGCAGUGGCGCGACAUCGCGUACUGCCUGGCGCAGCUCAAGUUCACGGACCGGGGCCUCAAGAAGCUGGUGGAGCACUUCAAGAGCUACCAGGACACGCUCUUUGACGACGAGGUGGUGGAGCACUUCCGGACCAUCAUCUCCAAGGCCAAGAAGUUCGCCAAGCCGGAGAUGAAGGCGGCGGUGGACGAGUUCGAGAAGCAGCUCACGGCGACGCAUGUCGAGAAGAAAGAGGACUGGACCACCGCGCAGAACGCCGCCCGGCGCGCGGCCAAAGGCGGCGGCGCGGCGACCGCCGGGGCGAGCCAGGAAGAGGGCGAUGCCGAUCAGUCCGCAGAGGCAGCUGGUGGCGACGAGGUUCCGGCGGAAGAGCAGACCGCAGACGCACCGGAAGCGGAUCUUCCAGCAAGCGAAGAAGAUGACGCUUUGGAGGAGGCCACGGAGCCGGAGGGACAAAAAGCAAAAGGGCGCCGAAAAGCGGCCGGCAACGGAAAACGGGCGGCGAAGAAGGUCGAUUCGGCGUCUGAGGAGGAAGACGAGAGCGAGAUUGAGGACGGGGGAAGCGAGGAUGAAAUUGAAGGUCAGGACGAUGAAAGCGGGCCGGAAAUGGCUGCGGGGUCGCCCUCCGAAACUGGGGCUAAGCGGGGAAAGGAACGGAAAAAGGCGACCAGGAGAAAGGUGGUGGAGUCGGAGGAUGAGGACAGCGGCCUCGGGAGCGAGAGCGAGGAGGAGGGCGAGGGUUCGAUUUCGAACGGCACGAAGGCCGGAGGAAGGGGUGAGGGGAAGAUCGCAUCGAACGGAAAGAGCAGCCGGGGUCGAAGGAGCGCGGUGCGAGCGGGUGAGGAGAGUGCGGAGGAUGAGGAAGGGUUCGACGAGAAAGGGGGGGAGGAAAUGAGUGACGGGGAAGGGGGGGAGGAAAUGGGUGACGGGAGGGGGGGGGAGGAAAUGGUUGGCAGAGAAGGGGGGGAGGAAAUUGGUGACGGGGAAGGGGGGGAGGAAAUGGGUGGCGAGACAGGAGGGGAGGAAAUGAGUGAUGAGGAAAAUGAGGUUUCUGAAGAUGAGGCGAAGAGCGAAGACGAAAAAGACACGAAAGCGGAAAAAGAGGGCGACCAGACUGCGUUUGAGACGCAGAAAGCGGUCGCCAAUUCGAGCAAGAGCCACGUUCGGAACAGCAGCGGACUGGCGGAGAAGCCAGUAAAAGAAGAAGCGUUGGGGCGGGGGGUUGGUGUGAAUAAGCAAUCUGGGGCUGGUGUCAAUAGGCGUUCAGCGGCUGGUGUGAAUAGGCCGUCUGUGAAAAGUGAGCCGGAGGAAGAGGACGAGACGGGCGAUGAGAAUACGUCCCCUCCGAACGCGGGAAAAGGCGCCCGCAAAGAGGGCUCAAAGGCAGCGAAGGCUGCGGCUGCGCACCGCCGGCGGCGCGCGAUCCUGGACAGCGACUCGGAGGAUGACACUGAGGAAGAGUCCGACGACGAGUGCGAAUCAAGCCCCAAGCGUGGGGCCCCUGCGCGGCAGUCCAAGCGCUUCUCACAGUCGUCCGAGAACGAGAGAAGACCACUUCAGCCCCUUCGGUGAUGGGGAAAUACAUGAAGGAUGGCUGUUCUGAGGCGGAUCUGCGUUCAGCCUCGCCAGGACGGGUUGCACGAUACGCCUUUUUGCUGUUCCACCUAAAUCUAUUAGGCUUUCACAAUUCUCUGUAACGCUGUUUCUAGAAGUAGGUCUUACCGGGUCCUUGCUCUUUCGAGUGUUCGGGCCAGAUGCACUCUCGUCAUCAUGACUGUGCGAGAACAUCUAACUGUCAGGCAGUGGCGCCAAACACUGCCAAAUCCUGAGAAAAGAUCAGCAU